AAUAAGAUACUUAUCGAUGAGGUAUAUAUUCUGACUAAUUAGUUUUACGACAAUAUAAAUUUUAAUAUUUUCAAGUGGUUUGAGUUUCAAACGGCUGUGUUACAAUGAAUACUGCCACAUUGUGUCUCGUUAUUGUUUGCACCCUGAACUUUCAAGAUUUUACUGCGUGGGCUACACCAUCAAGUGUUGAUUUAGUUUCCAAUUCUGAAUUAAACACUCAACUCACAGAUAAUAAAAAUAAUAAAACUACGUUCAAUCCUGUUGUAUAUGAUGACAAAAACUCUAUUACCGAAGCUCUCAUAAUUAAUCACAGUGUUCAAAAGACAAUUUCUACUGCAAAUACUUUGGUAACAAAAGCUCGUUUGGUUUCAAAAGAUGAUAAAACCCGACCAUUGAAUAAUCCAUCAAAGUUUGUUAAUAAUGAUUCAUCUGAAUUUUUUCCGAAAACUCUUACCAAUUUUCGCCGUAAAAUUUCAAAGAAAACCAACGGUACAUCUACGAAUAGGAGACGUCUAAUUCUAAAAAAAAAGACUUUUUCCAACGAUGACCAAAUAGUUCAUAACACCACGACAUCUGAUAGUUUCAUUACCCAAGAAUCGAAGAGAAUAACUUCUUUUACUCGCAAUGCUAAACCAAACAACAAUUUCAUUAACUUAAACCGUACUCAUAACGCUGAAACAAAUAAUAAAUUUAAUUCCAUUUCGAGAACGGUGGACCCUAAUAAUAAUAAUAAAGACAAUAACACUGAUGGUGAAAAUCGUAGACUACAUUGGAUACCUUUUCCCAGAAUAAGUACUACUGAUAAUUAUAGUUCUGUCAAUCCUACUACAAGGACUAUCAGUAAGGAUAAUAAUAUUGUAAGCAACGUCAGUACUCAAGCUCCUAGUAUCCCUAAUAACGAGAAUCGUCUUAAGUCUUUUUUCCAAAAAGAGUUCGAAAAGGCUAGGACUCGAGCGUAUCUUGGAUGGUUUGACCAAAAAAGUAAUCCUCAUUUCUAAGCCGUUAAAAAAACUUUAUCGACAUACAUGUAUUAUAAUGAAAUGCUGAUGUAUAAUUUAACUAAUUAAGGUUAGUUUGACUGAAAAUUUUUAUUUUUUUGUAAUGAAUAUUUGUUGAUUUUCAUUUGUACUUUCUACUUACUUGGAAAAUUAUCAAUAAAUAUAGAGACGAAAGCUCACAUGUUAA